UCAUGAUCCUCAUGGUCUCAGCUAACGGUGUCGCCGAGGCCCUCUCCCUCGCACCUGACUUCAUCAAGGGCAGCUGCGCCCUGCGAUCCGUGUUCGAGCUGAUCGACUGCCAAACCGAAAUUGAGCCUGAUGAUCCCGACGCCACUCCUCUACCUGGCUGCAUCCGUGGCGAGGUCGAGCUCAAGCACGUAGACUUUGCUUAUCCAUCCUGCACAAACUUGCCUGUGCUCUGCGAUCUCACACUGCGUGCCCCCGCAGGAAAGAUGCUCGCUCUUGUCGGCCCGAGCGGCUGCGGGAAGAGCUCCGUCAUUUCGUUGGUCCAAAGGUUCUACGAGCCGACAUUGGGCCGCGUGCUCAUCGACGGGAAGGACAUAAAAAAGUACAACUUGAAGGCGCUGCGUCAGGCGAUCGCAGUGGUGCCUCAGGAGCCAUGCUUGUUUGCUUCAACCAUCUUUGAGAACAUCGCAUACGGGAGGGAGGCAGCGACGGAGGCAGAAGUGGUGGAGGCCGCGACGCUGGCCAACGCGCACAAGUUCAUAUCGGCAUUGCCCGACGGGUACAGGACAUGGCUCGGGGAGCGAGGGGUGCAGCUAUCGGGCGGACAGAGGCAGAGAGUAGCCGUGGCACGGGCACUAGUGAAGAAGGCGCCGAUACUGCUGCUGGAUGAGGCAACGAGCGCACUGGACGCAGAGUCCGAAAGGAGCGUGCAGGAUGCACUCGAGCGGUCGGGGACGGAACGAACCACCAUCGCGGUGGCGCACCGCCUUGCGUCGGUAAGGAACGCUCACGUGAUCGCAGUGAUCGACGAUGGGAAGGUGGUGGAGCAAGGAACGCACUCGCACCUGCUCAAACACCAUCCCGACGGGAGCUACGCGCGAAUGCUGCAGCUGCAGCGCUUCGCCAAUGGAGCUGCGACUGCAAAUGACGCGUCGUCGCUGGGACCGUCGACGAGUGCCAGAGAAGCUACAAGAUAGAGAUAAAAGAUCGAAACUUUGAUGGAUGUCCAGUUAUUAUUAUUAUUAUUUUUGCUGUGAGCUAAACACGAUUGGCCGUGUAAUUAUGCUGUUCUCACUAGUAGAUCGAAUAUGGCUUUAUGACUCAA